AUGUCAACCAUCAUCGUUCGGAGCAUUCAAGCGGAUUUUAAUUAUUCGAUCACACGAAGACGAACUCACAACGUGUGCUGUUUACGCGCGCGCGACAAGUAUGUCGAAAUUAUACAUUACAUUAUAUCAUUAUUGUUAUUUUACCUCAGUACGUUCUAUUCAUGCAGUGGUUUAAGCGAAUCUUUGCGAAAAAUACCCGCGAUUGAGGCCAAUGUCACCAACGACGAUGUCACGGAAACGCAGCAUACCAUUUGUAAGAUUGCAACGGAGGAUGUGGUAGCAAACGCACGUGCUACUGUUACAACAGUACUUACUGGAGCUUGUAAAGCAAAGGCGAUGGAUGAAAAGUUUGCAAGAUUAGAAAAAUUAAUCAAAGAAUUCGCGGAUAUUAAAUGGUUACUGUACAACAUUUUGGAGCAACAACCGGAUUAUCUAAAAACUGUACAAAACGCUAAUCUUUAUGAUGGAAUAUCUGAUGAUUAUUUGUCGCCAAGGCAAGAUGAGAUCAAUAAAUUCAACAAUACUGUACAAAAUUUAUCUACAUCAAAUGGUUAGUGCAAGCAUCAUGAAUU